AGGUCACGUGACUGCUUUGACAGGAAGAAGCGUCCAAACCUUCCUGGGACUGUCGCUAUAAUCAGCUGAGUGUCUUCUUCAGAAAUGUCUCGUAGCUCACUUCCUGUUGAACAAGUGGUUUGUUUAACGUGUGGACAUGUUGGAAGCGGAGAGCAGCGCCAUAGAGGUGUGUGUGAUCCCGGAGAACCGACACUGCGGACAGGUAGCGGACAUCCAGAAAGCUCAGCUGGCUCCUGGAGGCUCGCUGCUCGGGUGUCUCGGGCUCGGCGGGCGCCUGGUGGUCUGGGACCCGGCGGACAGAGAGGCUCCUCCGGCCGCAGUGGACGGAUGUCACGCAGAUUUCUCCUGGGAGGAGGGUCCCGGUCGGGGUGUCGGCAGCUUCAGGCUGCUGGCUGUCGGCUCUCAGUGGGACGUGAAGCUGCUGGAGGUGGAAGCAGAGCGUUCAGCCUCCAUCUCUCUGCUCCGAGUCUCUGGAUGUCCUGCAGGUCGUCUGCUGCAGACCGUCAGAGAGCAGGACGACGGUGUGUGUGAGCUGCAGUCGGUGUGUGUGUUGUCGUUUGCCGCCGGCCUCGGCUGCAUGCUGCUGAACGGUGAUUGGCUGCUGCAGCUGCAGUGGCUGCAGACGGAGGAGGAGCCGCAGACGUUAUCCUGCUGCAACAUCCGGCUGACUGACAGCAGCACACACACUGCUGUGCACCAGUGUGUGUGCAGAGACACCCUGUUCGUCCUCAGCUCCACCGGACUCAUAUCGGUGUUGAGCCUCGCUGACGGCCGUCUGCUGGCCAGCGUUGACCUCCCGGCUUAUCUGACUGCUGCUCCGGCAGAGGACGAGCUCCUCGCCUCUCCUUCCUCCGUCUCCUCCUUGUCCUCCUUCUGCCUCCUCCAGGUGUCAGCUGACCUCAGCACGGCCGUCGCCGUCACUCAGACUCACACCGCCGUCGCCGUCGACCUCGACCACUACUUCAGUUUGUAUACAGACCACCUGCUGUGUGCUGCCCCCCCCCUCCGCCCCCCCCUCCGGCCCCAGCAUCCAACAGACCAGGACAGCCUGUCGAGCUCCACCUGCAGCCUCGCCGCCCUCGGGUCGACCUUCGGCACCGACCGCUCCUGGGAAGCUCGUCUGGCCUCCAUGUACAGCAGAGCCCAGCAGGCUCCCCCCCCCUCCCUCUCCCCCUCCUGGUCCUCCUCCCCCUCUCUCUCCUCCUCUUCCCCCUCCCCCUCCUGGUCCUCCUCCCUCCCCCACCUGGAAUCCCACCAGGCCUCGGCCCACAGCAGAGUUCCUCGCGGCGGGGCGACCGCUGCUUUCUCUGUCCCCGAGUCGUCCGCUCCGUCUCUGCUCACUGUGUCAGAGUUCUCCGCCCAGCUGACCUUCGUCUCCCCUGGCAACAGGCAGACCACAGUGGCCUUAUGGGAUGUGGAGUCUGGGAGCGUGAGCCUGCACCAGGCGGAGGCCGAGGCGGCUCCAGUUCAGCGCUGCGGAGAGAGACAGCACAGACUGCUGCUGAAGAAGUCCGGUGUGUUCCAGGUCUUGUUCUCAGUGUCCCAGCAGGACUUGCUCAGCAGGUUGAUGUUGUUUGGCAGCGCAGCGACAGUAGACGCAGUCUGUCACCUGAACAGCUGGGGGCGCUGCUCCAUCCCCAUCCACUCCCUGCAGGCCGGACUGAAGAACCGUCAGCUGGACACGGUGGACUUCUACCUGAAGAGUAAAGAGAACGUCCUGAACCCUGCAGCCGACGAGCCCGCAGAUGGUUUCGAGGAGUUGUGUCCUGCGUUGGACCUGCUGUGUGCGGCGGUCAGAGAAUCGAACAGUGAAGCUCAGAGCCGUCAGUUCUCUGAGCAGCUGCUCAACAUCACCAUGAGCUUCAUCAACAGACAGAUCCACUCAGUGCUGACACACACAGAGCACGAGGACACGUGUGGCGUGCGGAGCUGCGUGGACGUUCUGGAUGGGUACGUGACGGAGCUGAGGAGCUACAUGAAGAGGUUCCCCUGGCCUGCGGGGGGCGACACCUCCAGCACCAGCUCAGCUGAUCCUGCUGCAGAGGAGGGGGCUCAGAGGGACGAGUGGGAGCAGCUGCAGACGGAGGAAGUGGUGCGUCAGUCCAUCCUGACCAAUCAGAUCCCCAGAGCUCAGGCCGUCCUGAGGAGGCGCAGCCGGCCGGAGCAGCGUCUGUCGGCUCUGAGGAUGGAGGGUCUGCGGCAGGCGUUCUCCUGCCUGCAGCAGCGAGACCUGCAGAGCGCCAACACGCUGCUCAGCAACAUGGGCUUCAGCGUGCAGCAGCAGCUCCACAGUAUCUGCCUCUACACCGACGACAACGACCUCCGGCAGUUUGUGGUGGCGGAGCUGUCGGGGGGGAGCUUUCUUCCAGACGUGAUGCAGAGUGUGGCGUUCAUGAAGCAGAUGGAGAGGCUGGGAUCACUGCCGCCGUCACGCUGCCCUACAGACACCGCAGCACCCAGGGUGGUGCAGAUGGUGCGCAGGGAGGGGGGUGUUGGUGAGGAGGUUCUGGAGGAGCUGGUGGGACAGAGAAGGUGUGAGGAGGGGGGUGGGCUCUGGAGGAACCUCAGACUGGACUGGGUGAGGAACUGGGACCAGAGUUGCCAGACGGACGUCCUCCUGUCCCGCCUGCAGCACACAGAGGUGACUUCCUGUGACUCGCCGUUGUUGUGGCGUUACCUGACCACUCUCCACGACCAGCGGCGGGUGAUGGACUGGAUCCAGGACGAGGAUUUCUCAGGCGGCUCCCGGUGGCCCAAGUUAACCCCGGAGCAGGUGGACAGCAACACGGCGUGCAGCAGCUACAUGAGGGAGAACGUCCUGGACCUGCUGGCCAGGAGAGGUCUGUUCAUCCCGGAGGAGCUGGCUGACCUGCAGCAGCUGCUGUGGAGGUUGGCUCAGGGCGGAGGCGUGAUGGCUCCGUCCCCCCCCGUCCCUCAGUACCGCUCCCCCCUCGGCCUCGACCUCCACGGCCUAUUCAUCGCCUUCUGUGUGGAGCGCGGCCUGCAGUACCUGCUGUACAGCUACCUGGAGCACUACAGGUUGACUCCCAGGAACUGUCCCCUGCUGACCAAUCAGAGCCUGUCUGAGAGCCAGCCCUGGCUUGAGAUGCUGGUGAAGAUCCAGGAGAUCACCAGAGACCGGUCAGAUCCAGGCCGGGUGUUCCAGGCCAGUUUAACCAGCGCUCAGGUGCUGCUUCCGGGCAGCCAGGCGUCCCUCAGCAGUCUGCUGCUGGAGGGACACAGUCUGCUGGCUCUGGCUGCCGUCAUGUUUGCCCCCGGAGGCAUCGACCAGGUGGUGGUUCAGGGUGAAAUGUCAGGCAGGUCGGAGAGGACGGUGGACCCCCAGCUCCUGAAGAUGGCGCUGGCCCCCCACCCCAAACUGAGGGCCGCCCUGUUCCCCGCCGGGCCCCGAGGGAGCAGUUCAUCCUCCGACAUCUCCGUCUAUCACCUCCUGCAGUCGCUCCAUCCUCUGGAUCCGUCCCGGCUGUUCAGCUGGCAGGCAGCAAACACCCUCAACUCCACCGAAACGUCGGAGCUGCCUAAUUUCUCCAGCCCUCACCUGGUCGACAGGUUCGCUCUGGUGGAGAACCUGGACUUCCUGUAUUACCUCCGUCAUGGCCGACCAUCCUUUGCAUACGCCACCUUCCUGGUGCAGCAGCUGAGCCGCUGCGGCGACGUCACGCUGCUGCUGCAGCAGGCCUGGCAGCAGGUGUACCGGUUGGCCCUGCAGUGUUUCAAUGUGCCGUCUGUGGCGUCAGCGAGCGUUUGUUUCUCCGAGCUGCUGGGAGUCUGCAGCCUCAAGCUGAGGGUCGACAUCAGAGCCCUGAACACCAUCCUGCAGCACAACACACACACUGCUGCUACACAACAUCUACACACUCUGGGUGUGAAGCUGGCGGAGGCGGAGCCUGCAGCAGCAGAGGAGCUGAUUGGCUGCCUGGAAGCUGCAGUGACGGACAGUCUGGAGCAGAAAGGAGUCAGCAGGUCGUCCUACGAGGCGGCUCAGGAUUGGGCGUUGCCUGUUCAGUUCUGUCAGCUCCACAGUCUGCAGCUCAGCUCUGUUUAUCCCGCCCACUGCACUGAUGACGGACAGUUCAUCCACUUCCUGUUGUUUGUCCAGCUGCACAACUUCCCGCCCCAGCAGGUGAGGUCGCUGGCAGCUCGGUUCGGCCCCGCCCUGCAGGCCCACCUGAGUCUGGCGUUCCAGGAGCUGCAGGUGUUCAGUCAGAGGAAGUGGCUCUGUGGCUCCGAGGAGCAGUCAGGCUCUCCCAACACAGAGGAGGCCCCUGGGAGUCCGGAGCACCCCGGGGAGCUGUUCCAGGUCCUCCUGCAGAGCCAGGAGGAGGCGGCGCCCUGCAGGUACCUGCUGCAGGAGGCGCUGGUGCAGCGCUGCCCAACACUGGCUGUGAUGGCUGCCUGUCAACAGGGGGCGGAGCUGCAGCCGUGCCUUUGUGUGUGGGUGUUGACCUCCGUGGAUGAUGUCACAGCUGGGGAAGCCACCUCCCACCUGGAUGAAGCCCCCCAGCACCACCAGUGGACCCUGCAUGACCUGUCAAUCAUCUGGAGGACACUGCUGGGGCGGGGCCACGUCAGGCCCCUCCUCCGAGGCUUCCAGCUCUUCCAGAAGGACUGUCCGCUGCUGCUGCUGCUGCAGAUGUUCCAGUUGUGUUGUGACUUCAGGAACUUCUCUGAGGCCAAAGAGAAGCUGCUGGAUUUCCAGAGGACGCUCCUCACUCUGAGAAACGGAGCCCCCCCCCUGUGCGGUGCCCCCCCCCUGCAGUGGGUGGAGAGCCAGGCGUCCGUGCUGCUGCUCACGAUGCUGCAGCGCUGCUCCUCGCAGUACGACCUCCACCGGCUGCUGCAGCUGCUGGCCGACGUCGACAAACUCCUCAAAUCCAACGGUCCAGACUUCAGGAAGCUGAGUCAGCUCAGUCAGUUGCUGCAGGGGUCAGAGGUCAGCCUGUCUCCCCGGCUGCUGCAGUGCACUUCUCCCUCCGUCCAGCAGGAGGAGUUCCAGGCUGCAGUGGAUGCUCUGCAGGCCAGGGGGCGCUACAGGCAGGCCCGGCAGGUGGCGCUGCUGGCCGGCCUACCCGUCCACCGCCUGCUGCUCAGCCAGCUUCUCCAGGAAGUAAACUCCCAGAAGUCCAAGCGUCAGUGGAGAAGGUUGGAGACCCGAGUCGGUCUCUGGAGGAAAUGUCACGAGCAGCUGAAGACUGACGGCACUGAUCCAGAAUCAGCCUCGCAGUUCUUCCUGUCGCAGGCAGGGGCCGGGAUGGGGGCCGGAGCCGGGGCGUGGGCCUCCUCCGAGCUGAUGGACGUCCAGGAGCGCUGCCUGCUGCUCUGCCUCGCCGCUCACUGGCUCUCGCUACUCAGUCCGGCUCCUGGGGACAAACUGGAGAGCCUGGAGAAGAAGCUGUGGAUCAGCCGGGUGCGACGUCACGUCCUCGCCGUCGCCAGGGAGAAGGAGAGCGUUUUCAACCUGCCGCCGGCCGCCAUCACGCCUGAGAUGAACACAUACGAAGUGCUGAUAAAGCAGUUCUCCUUCUCCAACAUAUCCAGCCUGAACACAGAGAAGUGUCUCAGCGUGGACGGACUCCCGGGUCACUGCGAGCAGCAGGCUGAGCUGAGCGUCGACUCGCCGCUGAGUCCAGAGGAGAGGAGCGUACUGGCUGCGCUGAUCGGUCAGUUAUUAGACGACGGCAGUAUCCACGAAGCCAGCCGGGUCUGCCGUUACUUUUCCCUGCACCACCCAGACAUGUGGGUGGUGCUGCGCUGCCGAGGUCUGGCCUCUGGAGAACUGAAGCCUGAAGCACAAGAGGAGGCGUCGGACGCUCUGCCCAAGAAGCUCACCAGCUCUCCCUCAUUCAGCAGCCUGUCGUCCUUCGUGGUUCUCCCCCUCCCUGAAGACGAGCUCGCUGUCCAGCUCCAGAAACUUCUGGAUCAGUGUCGCCACGGAAACAACUACUGCAAACAAGUGCUCAGCCUGUACCUGCUCUCCAAGGUACCUGCCGGCCCACCCAAACACGCCACUGCAGUUACGCUGAGAUGA